CAUACAUUGCGACGAUCCACCUUUUGCUUAUCAGUCAGUCUGUUUUGUUACGUGCAAGAGUGGGUUUACAGCCGAUGGGCCCAUUUAUAUGACUUGUCAGGCUGAUGGAUUCUGGUCAAAGCCUACAACUUGUACAUAUCCAGAACCUCUGGCUGUCCGCUGUAUUUCGCCUCAAGUCUUCUACACAGGUUCGCAACAAACAUCGGUCGCAGUAAUUUGACAGCGUCCAACAUCAGCUGCUAUUGUAAACAACAUGGUAGAAAUAUAUCAAACUGAGGGCCCGACUCCAGGUGACUUUCUAGAUUCUGGACUACAUACAGUGACCUAUAUAAUGUCCAAUAAGAAAUCAAACGAAUCUGCGGAGUGUACGGUGGAUUUGCACAUAAAAGUCGUUACAUGUGAGGACCCGGCCUUAAUAUUCAAUGACAGCUUUAUGGUAUACAGUUGCUCAUUACAAACAGUAAUAUUGGGAACAACUUGCUUGAUCUCAUGUCGAAACAAUCUACAGGUAGAAGGUAACUCUUCUGUAACUUGUGUUGACAAUGGACGAAAGCAAGGCGUAUGGAACUGGGGACAUGGCGGAAAACCAUUUUGUAACGAAACCUUGCCAGAAUGUCCCUGGAACCUUAACAGACCAGUAAACGGUAAAAUAAUAUUAUACAAAAACGACACAUCACCAAAUGUACUGGUUAGUUGUGAUGACGGAUUUGAUUUGCAGUACGAGUUUACUGGAAAUGUAUCAUGUACAAACGGAGACUGGGUGGUUGAUCAAAUACCGGAAUGUACUGUUGAAAAGCGAUCUGACUAUAUCCUUGAAGUUAAGAUAAACUACUAUGGACAAGGAUGCUCGGAAAACGCAUCGGAAUACUACCAGGAAUACAAAACUACAUUUCUAACUGACUUUGAAGAACGUUUCACGGCGAAAUGUCCGGAGAAUAAAACUUGUAAAGUGAACAAUGUGAGCAUCGAAUGUGUUCCAACAACACAUACACGGACUAGGAGAGAACAACCUGAAAGUCGUUUAAAAAUUUUGGAUUUCAUGCUAGAUGCAAUCCAUAGUCGUUUCACAAGAAGUGUUUCACAUACGUUUCUCAUCAGUUUUACCAUCAGUGUUGAAGCUGCCGCAAAUAUAUCACAAGAUUCAUUGGACAACAAUGAGAACAUGGUCAGACAAAUAUGGGAAGACAAUCGUGAAUGGGUCGUCUCCAGUGUUCUUGGGAUGUUACAAGUAACGGGCGAUUUCCAAGUGCUUUCCUGGGAUAUCGUCAACUAUACAACCCCGACAUGCGGACAGAAUUACAUCCUAUCUGGAUUACAAUGUAAAACAUGUUCUGUUGGAAACUUUUUAAACUAUACAUUGAACAAAUGUGAGAAGUGUCCAGUUGGGACAUACAAAGACAAAGAUGGAAUAGCACAUUGUAUAACAUGCCCUGAGGGAACUUCAACAAAGGAUAAAGGAACGGUCUCUGUCAAUGACUGUAAAGCACCAAACGUUGAUAAAUGUAAAUAUGGCUUGCCGGUACUUGGCUGCUCUUCUGUCAUUUAA